ACUUCCCAGUAUGGCGUUUUACAAAACAUGCAUAGCUGUUGUGUUUACCAUUAUGGUUGCCUUUGAAGGAAUUGAUUUACCAAUGUCCGUUAAUGCAUCAACAACGACGGAGAUCACAGAUCCUGCAAGCACAACAACAUCUGCAGCAACCACUUCAACGACAACAUCCGGGACAGUCCAAUCAAGCACAACAACGUCUGCAACAACCACUUCAACGACAAUAUCCGGGACAGUCCAAUCAAGCACAACCGCAUUGCCAGUAAACAAUCCAACAUCAACAACAUCCGGGACAGUUCAAUCGACCACGCCCUCUAAUUCCACUGGUUCCCAGUACUCCUUCGCUGUGACACAAACUUACAAUCCUCUCAUCUUACUGCUAUCUGCCACAGUCACUCUGAGGCAACAGUUUGUAUGAUUAGACUCGGGAACAUUUGAAAGCGAUGUCUUUAACAUGAGUGUCAAAGAAACCUUCUGUGACGUCACAAAACCGAGAAGGUAUUCGAGUCUUCCUCUGUAUGCCAGUGGUUAAAACUAGGGCUUACCGUCCGAACAUUCGUGUGAUUAUACAUUUAUUUAAAUCAGGGAUGUUAGUAUCAAAUGACAGCUGUCAUUUACAUAUACUCUAGAAAUAUUAUAUAUAAAAUUAUAUAGGUCGCUUGGGAGCACUUAUUUAAGCUGUUUUUAUUAAAUUGAAAGAAAUUGUGA